AUGGAAAACUCAUUCGGUGCGGCUCCGCUGCACAUGGCCGAGGCGGUACAGGGCAUGACGGGGAAGCUGGAGUGCAACAUCACGUCUCCGAUCGCCGGCGACCGGGCGAUCCUGGUCAUUUGGUACAAGGGUGGACAGACGAUACCGCUGUACACUUUCGAUGCCCGAGAUACCCGUGAAGGAUCGCACCGGAGUUCCAAUUCGUCGUUCGAUGGAAGGGCCAGCUUCUACCCGAAUCGGCUGCCGGCAACGUUGGAGAUCCGGCAGACCAAAAGCUCCGACAGUGGGGUGUACCGGUGCCGGGUGGAUUUCCACAAGAGCCCCACCCGGAACACCCGGGUGCAGCUGUCCGUGAUAAAGCUACCCGGAGACAUCUACGUGUUCACUUGCACCCAUGACAUAAUCUUGGUUGCCCUGGAGAAAUCCAUCACGCGUACCGGGAUAAAAUUACAGGCGGUCGUCAACGCCGUCGCCCGAUGA